AAUUUUAAAAAGUAUAUUUCGUCGUGCAGCACGUUUCUAAUAACGUGAGUUCUAAAGAAUAUAAACUAAACUGAAAUUAUUUUUUAUCAAAAUAGGAAGAUUUCAUAAGAAAAAUGGCUAAGAACUAUGCAGUGGACGCAAAGUUUCAUCCAUUUUAUACUGGUGGAAAGAUAAUAGAAGGAAAAGAUAAUCUAUUCACGUUGUGUGGAAACCAAGUUCACUGCGUUUCGGAAAAAGGCAUUAUUAAACACUCUUUUGGUGAAAUUGAUGGAGAAGAAAUUACCUGUUUCGUUGUAACUCCCGAUAAUAAGUAUAUAUUAACUGCUGAACGAACUUUACUUAUAAAACAAUAUAAUUUAAAAGAUAAUGAACUAAUAAGAAAAUUCAAGGCUGUUCAUAAUUUGCCUAUUCUAUGUAUGGAAUUUGACGUUAGUUCAACUUUACUAGCGACAGGUAGCUCUGAUGGAACAUGCAAAAUUUGGGAUAUUGACAAGCAAUAUUAUACACAUAACUUGAAAGCUCAAAAUGGAGUUGUUACAACUAUAACGUAUCACCCGAACUCGGAAAAAUUACAAACUUUUACUUGCUACCAAGAUGGAAUGAUAAAGAGAUGGGAUUUGGUAAAGUCAAAAUGUAUAGCAGAUCUACAAAGUCACACGAGUUUCGUGACAACUUUAUGUUUCUCUGCUGAUGAGAAAAGACUAUUUAGUGGUGGAAGAGAUAACGUAGUAAUUAUUUGGAAUCUAGAAGAUAAUGAAAAAAUGAAAGUUAUUGCAAUAUUUGAGUCUGUUGAAGUUUUGAUGCUUGUUCCACCUGAAAUGCAAGCUGAAAAAUAUGGAGUAAAAGAUAAUAAUGAUUACUUCUUAACUGGUGGAUCUAAAGGCCAAUUAAAAAUUUGGAAUGCUAAAUCAGCGUGCAAUGUGUAUACUCACGAUCGCAUCGUUCCAAAGACAAGAAAGAGAAAUGAAGACACUGACGUUUUAAUAACAUCUGGUUUCCUUUCUUAUGAUAAAAAACAAUUAGCUUUUGUAUCAAAUGAUCAAAAUAUCUUAUUCUAUGAUUUAGCCUCCAUGCGCAUGUCGAGGCAGCUUGUUGGUUACAACGAUGAAAUUAUUUCUGUUAAAUUCUUGGAUGAUGAAAAAAUUUUGUUAGCAACUAAUAGUCAUCUUAUUAAAAUUUUUGAUAUAACUACAUGGUCAUGCACAAUUAUAUCGGGGCAUGAAGAUAUUGUUACUUGUAUAGACGUUCAUUCUAAAGAAUUAUUCGUAACUGGUAGUAAAGAUACAACAGUUAGAGUUUGGCAAUUCAAAGAUAAUAAAAUACGUCAAGUCGCAGUCGGUUCGGGUCAUUCCCAGGCUGUUGGAGCUGUAGCUUUCGCAAAACUUGAUAAGUAUAUUGUUAGUGGAGGUAGUGACAGAAUUUUGAAGCUAUGGAAAUUGGAAGAUGUUGAUAAUGAAGAAAAUAAACUAAUUUGCUUAAGCACUGAAUUAGCUCACGAUAAAGACAUUAAUAGUAUUGAUAUAUCGAGAAAAGACAAAUUAGUGGUGACUGCAUCAAAGGAUAAGACUGCCAAGGUGUGGUCUCUACCAGAUUUGCAGUUAAAAGGAACCUGUACAGGACACAAAAGGGGUAUUUGGUGUACUCAAUUUUCACCAACAGAACCGACUGUAGUAACUGCUUCUGUGGAUGGAACUUUGAAACUAUGGUCCUCUAAAGACUUUUCUUGCCUAAAUACAUUUGAAGGUCAUUCGGUAUCAGUUUUACACGUAGCAUUUGUUAAUAACGGUCAAGAUUUAAUCAGUUCUGCUGCGGAUGGAAACAUCAAAUUGUGGAGUAUCAAGACACGAGAAUGCCUCAAAACCUACAGUGAACACGACGACAAAAUUUGGGCCUUGGCUACAAAUAAAGCUGGUGACCGAAUUGUUUCCGGUGCUGCCGAUUCUGUUUUAUUACUAUGGAAGGAUGUAACUGAAGAAGAGUUGAUAGCUGAAGCAGAGAAAAGAAGUCAACUAUACUUAAAACAACAGAAAUUAGAGAACUUUUUACAUCAAGGAAAAUUAUUAAAAGCUUUAAGAAUGUCCAUAAAUCUCGAACUACCAUUCAAGUCUCUCAGCAUUUUAAAAAUGAUUAUUAAAUCUGGAAUAAUCAGUAAUGAUAAAGACUGUGAAGGAUUGGCCAGUGUUUUACUGAAAUUGGAAGACUUCCACUUAGAUGUUCUACUAUCCUUCGCCUCUGAUUGGAAUAAAAACAGCAAGCACUGCAUGGUUGCGCAAACAUUGGUAAACUGUAUGUUGAAAACCUUUUCAAAAGAGCGUUUACUUUCUCUUUCAAAUAUUAAAUCCUUCAUAGAAAGUUUCAUAUCUUACAGUGAGAGACAUUAUACAAGAAUAAGUACCCUUGAACAGAAGAGGACAAUCAUCAAUUAUUUUUGGGAAUGUGUCAAAUCAUCCGAGGCGGAUACAGAACUUGAAGAGGAAAAGAUUGAAGAAAAAAUGGUUGACAGUUCUGACGAUGAUGAAGAAGAUAUACUGGGAGAGAAUGAAAAUAUUGUUAAUAUUGCAAAAAAAAUGUCGAAUGGAGUCGAAAAACGAGUCGAAUCAGCUCAGUGCGUUAAAAGAAGUGAGAAAGCCUUUGAAACAUGCGUCUUUCAAAUUAAAUACAAAGACUCUCAACUAAAAAAAGAUGAAAAAGUUAUUAGGAAGACAUCAAAUAUUGAAAUAUUAAAUAAAAUAAAGAAAGCCAUAGAUUCACCUGAAAAAUCGAUACAAUCAACAGAAGAGAAAAAUACAUCUGUAAAAAAAUCCAGGAAAAGUCCCAAGUCGACUGCUAACACUACGGAAAUAAACGAAAAAAGGGGAAAUUCAAAGAAUAAAGAAACUUUUAAUGAUGCUGAAAUAUCUAAUAAUUCUGAUCCAGUUACCACAUCUGUUAAAGAAUCUUUCAUUGAAGCUGGUAAAAAUAGUAAUAAAGCUUCUAGCAAUAAAGGCUCACCCAGAAAGAGGAAGCUGAAUAACUCUUCUAAAACACCAAUAGAAAAAGAAAUUCCCAUUCCAGAACGAGAAAAAUCACCUCAAACUCCUUUGAAAAAGAAACAAAGACAAAAUAACGGCCUAUCAACCCCAGAGAUAGCCUCUAAUGAAACAUCUGCAGGUUCAACGCCAACUCGUUAUCACUUACGAGAACGUUCUAAAAAAACUUACGGAAAGCCAGCGCUUAUAGACCGAGAAUUCAAAGUACUUGUAGGCUUAUCAAAAGGGAUACUCAGUUUCUGGGAAACGCGAAAUUACUGCUUAACUGUGUCUAGUAUUCAAGUUUGCACUAAAAAUUUGGAUAAAUACUCGAUUAAUGAUCCAUUUCCAUUCGGAAGGCCGCAAAAACCUGGCGAAUUUUUAGUAAGACGAUCCUAUUUUACUAGUUACAACACAGCGUUAAGAGUUCCCCAAUGGGUUUUUGAAAAAUUAACUGUUAAAAACUACCGUGGUUCAGCAAAGAAGAAGAAAAUUUUUAAGAGUGAUAACGACGUUCAACCGUUUAUCUCCCAGAAUUUUGACUACGGACAUAGCGAUUAUACAAGAGGUCAUUUAGCGUCUGCUGCAAAUCAUAAGCAUGAUCAAAAGGCUAUGGAUGAGACGUUUCUCUUAACAAAUAUUGUACCUCAGAAUCGGGAAAAUAAUCAAAUUUAUUGGUCUCAAAUUGAAUUUUACGUUAGGCUAUUAGUUGAAAAAUACAACGAAAUUUCAGUCUUCUCUGGACCUCUAUUUCUACCGGAAAUGAAAAAUUCCCAAUUUACUGUUAAUUUUAAAGUGAUUGGUAAAAAUUUCGUGGCUGUUCCGACUCAUUUAUAUAAAAUAAUAGUUAUUAAACAACCACAUGAACAAACAAUAACCGGUUCUUUCGUCAUUCCCAAUGAAUCUGUUAAUAAUACUAUCCCUUUAAGAACUUUUAGCGUCAACUAUAAAACAAUAGAAAACUAUUUAGGUGUAAAACUGUUACCAAAAUUGAAAGACUAUAACGAUCUAUGUAAUGUUGAAAAAUGUCGCUUGUUGUCUAUACAAGACGCAGAUAGAUUUCGUAAUGUUUUGUUGUCAAAAAAUAUUUCAAUGCUAGAAAAGAGUUGGGAAAAGUUCAAGUCAAGGUCGGAAUUUGUUGAUGAUUUACUACUAACUGUCUAUAAUAAAAAUAAACAAUUGUUGUAA